UAUUCUGUCAACGUUUGGUUCAUAUUAGUUGUUAAUUUCUACAGUUUAUUGCAUUUUAUACUAUAUGUGAUAAAAUGACUACUGAAGAAAUGGAUUUUAAUAAAAUUUGCCGAGUAUGUUGUAGUGAAGGAGUUAUGAUGUCUUUAUUUAAAGUUCAAAUGUCGAAGAAAUUAAUGGCCUGUGCCUCAAUACAGGUUUGGCAAAAUGAUGGUUUACCACCUCAAAUUUGUAAUAAAUGUGCUGCAAAGCUUCAUAUAGCCUUCCAAUUUAAAAAGCUGUGUGAGCGUUCAGAUGCACGCCUCAGACAAUAUAUAAUUAAUCCUCAAGCAAUGUCUCAAAUUCAACAUCAGCAACAACAACAACAGCCACAACAACAACAGCAAACUGCACCUCCUCAAGAAAAUCAAGGUUGUGUUUAUGUUGAAUGCACCCCAGCUCUAGAUAAUUUAAGCGAGCCUAAAUAUUAUGAAAAUUUACAAACAGUUUCAUCACAGUUGUAUGCACAAUCAAAUUCUCUUCAGCCUUUACAAUCAUACAGCAUUCAAGGUUUACAUGUGCCUUCAGUUCAGUUUCCAGUUUCAUCAGCUCAAUAUAACACAGUUCAUCCAAAUGGACAUAUACUAAUUGGACAAUUGCCAGUAUCUUCUGCAGGACAAGUGGUAACUCUAAAUAAUGCUCCUGUUCAGUCAGUAGCGCAAAUGCCAGAUAAUAUAAUGAAAAAUACAAGUACUAACAGUAUGCGAAUGAUCAAGAGGAAAUCUUUGCAAGGUGUUAUAAGAUCUACAAAUGAGAAUGAUGGAUUUAAAUGCUCUAUAUGUUUUAAGGAGUUUAGUUCUGCUUCAAAGUUAACUAGACAUGUUAAAACUCACUCAGGGGAAAUGCCUUAUAAAUGCAAAGUAUGUCACAAAGCUUUCUCUCAUAGUGGAAACUUUAAGGUCCAUAUGCGAAUGCAUACUGAUGAAAGGCCUUUUGUUUGUUCAGUGUGCGAUAAAGCCUGCAGACAGGCGCAAGACUUGGAAAAACAUAUGCGCACACAUACAGGGGAGAAGCCGCAUGUUUGUCCCGUUUGUCAAAGGGCUUUCUCUACUUCCAGUAACCUCAUAGCACAUGGGCGUAUUCACACAGGAGAGAAACCUUAUGUCUGUUCUGUAUGUCAGAAAGCCUUUUGCCAAUCAAAUGAAUUGACAAAACAUGUUAGAACCCAUACCGGUGAAAAGAGUCAUGCUUGCACAAUUUGCCAUAAAGGUUUUAAUGGCUCUUCUACUUUGAUUGUUCAUAUGAGAAGCCACACAGGCGAACGACCCUACAUAUGUAGUAUCUGCAAUAAAGGCUUUACACAAUCAAGCUGUUUGGCGGUGCAUAUAAAACGACACACUGGAGAGAAAAACUUUCAUUGUGAAACAUGUUCUCGUUCAUUCGUAACAAAUGCUGAUCUAAAAGAGCAUAUGCUUACCCAUAGCUCUGACAAACCCUUUGGAUGCAAUAUGUGUAAUAAAAGAUAUUCUAGAGCAAAUGAUUUGAAUAGGCAUACAAAAACUCAUGCAUUGUAAAAAUAAAAACUAAAUGUAC